AUGAAUUGCUCCGCCACCUUCACUUCCUCCACUCUAAUGUCGCAAUCACUUCAUCUCGUUGCUAAGAACAUCCCAGGUUCUGGGCCACCAGAUGGUAGGUGUCUAUCCUUGUCUGGAGUUUCUGGUAGAACCGCAGCCGUAUCUGUUUCUCCUUGUUCCUCGCAUGGGAUUGGCAGGGUCUUCUCUCAGGUCAAGAUCAGAUCAUACAAUGGUGCUUUUGGGACACCGGCUUUUGUGUGCAAGGCAAAUUCUGGCAGUCAUAGGAGAAACUCGGAUUACUCGAGGCAGGGCAGACAGGGUCAGGGAUACUCCCGUAACCGGGGGAGGCAAAAUGAAGAGAGAGACAGCUACGAAACAUUGGAUGAGUCUGAGCUAUUGACAUCAUCAAAGAAUGGGGCAUUGCUUUCCUUCCCCAAUAACUCAAAAUCUCAAGCCACUGCAGCUCCAGGUCCAAGAGAGAAGGAGAUAGUUGAGCUGUUCAGAAAGGUGCAGGCCCAGCUCAGAGAAAGAGCUUCUGUCAAACAAGACAAAAAGGUAGACACCCCGCAAGGAAAAGGGAGAGAGAACGAGACUGUUGAUUCCCUCCUUAAGCUUCUUCGGAAGCAUUCAGUUGAACAGGGGGGUACGCAAAAGGUUAGCGAUGGGGACUUAGGAAUUGAACAGCCAGAGCAGAUUUUGGGAGGAUAUAAUGACGACAAAAGCUCAAGCUCAAGCAGUGUUGUUCAUUCCAAUAACAGAAGCAGGAAUGGUGCCGUGGAAUCUAGUGAAAGUUCCUUUACAAGAAGACCACCAUCAAGUUUCCGAAGACGAUCUCCAAUCCCUCGGGUAAAAUUGCCACCUGUUGAUUCGAGUGAGGACGAUGUUGCUUUGAAGAGCCAUUUGGAUUCAACUGGGGAAAAAACAAAGGAAUAUGAGGUAAUUUCUUCUGAUGCUACCACCAGGCAUGAGGUUGAACCAGAGCCAACAGAAGAGGAGGCUGUGGCAGCAGAGCUACUGCAGGGUAGUAAUGAUCUGUUUGACGAAGAGCAACUAUCAGAGGAUGAAGCUUCUGACUCGGAUGAGAGCAAGGAAGAAGAUGGAGAAGAACAGAUGGGUGGCAAAGAGGAUUUGAGUACAUUGAAGGUAGGAGAGCUUAGGGCAAUGGCAAAGUCCCGUGGCAUCAAAGGGUAUUCAAAGAUGAAGAAAAGUGAUUUGGUGAACUUGCUUACCGCUGGGGUUUCAGAGUGA